AAUACCCAAGUGACGUAGGAUUGCCCCGCCGCCGGCGGCGUGAUGUGCUGACCAGUGAUGAUCGACAGUAGCCAAUUAGUAGUUUCAACUCAUUACUGACCGUCGGACUGGAAGAACCCACCAGUGACGGCAGGCUGCUUCGUCGUCUAUUCCCUGUGUUUCCUGUGAACAUUUGCGGUUUUGGGAAUCGCGUACUAGCUUAACCGCUGUCAGUCGGGGUUUUGGAUUUCAGCAACUGGACGCGUGACAGUUUCGCGCUGCUUUAUGCGAGCAGUGGUGGAUCAUUACUACGUUUGCACCUCCGAGUUAGUGAUUGUGUGUUUAAUUAAAAUGAAGAGCUUAACAGUAGCAAUCGUAGCCGUUGCAUGUGUCAUCUCCAAUGUUGGUGCCGGAUGGCCGCGGUUUUCAGGAUUGAUCCACAACGAAGGCUGUGCGAACCCUUACAAACAGGCCGGCCGGUGUGUCUUCGUCGGCGAGUGUCAAAUCGUGCUGGCUGUCCUUCGAAAGGAAACCCUCUCGACUGAUGAUGUGGCUUUUCUGUAUCUUAGCGAGUGCGGUAGAAGGGAAGGAAAAAGUUUGGUUUGCUGUCCGAAUUAUUCCAUUGUCAACGCCACCGGUGGUGGUGCUAGUGAUGGUGUGUCCACUUCCCGUCAGCCCGGCACGGCACCGUUUGAUACCUCGAGCCGCGUGGAUCAAACAACCGGAAGUGAAAUCGACCGUGCAAAUUGGAAAUUGCUUCCGGAACCGGGUGAGUGUGGAGUGCAACCCAGCUAUCAGCUUUUCAAUGAAAAUGUAACCAAACUGGACGAGCAACCGUGGACGGCGUUGAUUCACUUUGGCAAUAAGCCCUACGAAACUGAGUUCGAGUGCGGUGGGGUGCUUAUCAGCUCUCGCUAUGUCCUAACGGCGGGCCAUUGCGUGUCUGAUAGGACGAAGUGGUCCAAUCUAACCGUACGUCUGGGUGAAUGGGAUACAGAAUCUACGGUAGACUGUAUUGCAAUAGAAGGAAACGAGGAAUUUUACUGUGCUGAUCCAGCGAUAGAUGUUCCGGUGGAGAAAGUGAUCAUUCACGAGCAGUACGCUCUUCGGCAUCGACCUCAACUGAAUGACAUAGCCGUGCUGCGGUUGGCCGAACCGGUAAAUACCACUACUUGGAUUAGACCGGUGUGUCUGCCAGAACGACCGAUAGUACCGCAAGGAGACGAACAGAUUUUUACUUUAGCUGGAUGGGGCAAUAAUGGAUGCGGUUAUAACAGUCGCUACAAAAUUCGAUCCAAACUGAACGCUUUGACCCCACCACAAUGUAAACAGAAUCUACCUAGAGGCUUCCGGCGGACACAUGACUACCUAUGUGCGGUUCCAGUCAAUGAUGGUGAGCGGUGCCUGGCGGAUUCCGGUGGAGCUAUAACCAGUACCAGACACGUGCCGGAAGUCGGUGUGGUGCAUGAAGUUGCGGGAUUGUUAAACGAUAUGAAAGACUGUCAUGUCAACCAGCCAGUCGGUAUUUUCACCAGCGUGAAUCAGUAUAUUGACUGGAUAGUCGGUAAACUGGAAGAAUAAAUAAAACAACAACAUCACGGAAGGUGUUGGCUCGGAAGCUACUGAAUUAAUAAUGUUCCGUUCCCUGGUAUUUUUCACGGUCACACCUGCCGAUGAAUGAUUAAUCAUUUCGAUCAUUGCGUGGAAGGGUACGAUUCAGGGUAAAUAAAUCAUGCAUCGUGGUGUGAUGAUCAACCGGGGAAUCGAAUGCCAAAACGAAAGUAAAUGGAAAUAAUUGUCGAAACAAUACCCGGCCGUUUAUCCUUCGUCAAUAAUUCAGGCGUAGUAUUUCGCUUGACAGCCUGUUUCACGGGUUUGCAUCGAAGCGAAUCAAUCGAACUUUCGCACUAUACCUUGAUGGAUAUUGGUUAUUGGCUGUCGCAAAAUUUAUAUUUGAUACCUUUUUCCUUGUUUUCAAUCUAUAAGAAUGACUUGUUUUUUCAUAUCCUCAAAUCACUUAAAAUAUAUGCAAUAUUAUCAAAAUAAUCACAUAGA